CGCAGUAAAUGUUUUUACAAUAUACAAUAAUACAAUUCUCAAUCUCUCUCAAACUCAAUUGUCAUUCAUCAUUCCACGUAAAUAGAACCCAACAUCACAUUGUUUUCUUUUAACUAUUAAAUAAACCACAAUCACAUACCACACAAUUGUUUUUCACAAUAAUUAAUAAUACUCAAAAAUACUCGGAUUGUUUUUACUAACUUAAAAAAAAACUUUUAUCAAAAAUACUUAUCAUGGCUUAUCAUAAAAUAUUCAAUAGUUUAAUUGUAGUACUAUUUAUCAGUAUAAAUUAUUUUAGUAAUACUCAGGGGUUUACAAACGUUUAUCCAAAAUUAAAAAGUUAUCCUCUCAAAGAUGGUGAAGAUGCAGGGCAACCAUUAUUUUUGACUCCUUACAUUGAAAAAGAAAAAUUCGACGUUGCUAGAAAAUUAGCAACUGUUCAACAUAAAGAAAUGCUAGAUGUUGGAAGCUAUGCCGGAUACUUAACAGUCAACAAACAAUACAAUUCGAACAUGUUUUUCUGGUUUUUCCCAGCUCAGAUAAAACCUCGAACUGCACCGGUAGUAUUGUGGCUCCAAGGAGGUCCAGGAGCAAGUUCACUCUUCGGUCUUUUUACAGAAAAUGGACCAUUUAGAGUUGAUAAAAACAAAACUCUUCAAAUGCGUAAAUACAGCUGGAGUAUUUCACACAAUGUAAUUUACAUCGACAAUCCAGUUGGUACGGGUUUCAGUUUUACUGAUCACGACGAAGGAUAUGCAAGAAAUGAAACCCAAGUGGGUGAAGAUCUUCAUUCAGCAUUAGUGCAAUUUUUCACAUUAUUCUCUGAGCUACAGGGUAAUGAUUUUUAUGUAACUGGUGAAUCAUAUGCCGGUAAAUAUGUGCCAGCAUUGUCAUACACAAUUCAUGAAAAAAAUCCAACAUCGAAAGUUAAAAUAAAUUUAAAAGGUUUAGCUAUUGGUAAUGGUCUUACUGAUCCUAUAAAUCAAUUAAAUUACGGCGACUAUCUUUAUCAGUUGGGUUUAGUCGACUUCAAUGGCAGAGAGAAAUUCCAUGCUUAUGAAGAGAAAGGGCGAGCGUUUAUCAAUCAGAGCAAAUAUGAUGAAGCUUUUGAAAUAUUUAAUGAACUUCUUGACGGUGAUUUAAAUUCUCCACCAACUUUAUUUCAAAACCUGACUGGUUUUAAUUUUUACUUCAAUUAUUUAUGUACCAAAGACAACAAUGAAUCUGAUUGGAUGAGCCAGUGGAUCCAAAGUGCUAGUGCAAGACGGGCUAUUCACGUUGGCAAUUAUUCUUUCAAUGUUGAAAAUUCAAAAGUUGAAAAUCACUUGAAGAAUGACAUCACUCGAUCUGAAGCUGAUAAAGUUGCUGCUCUACUUCAACAUUACAAAGUUCUUAUUUACAACGGACAGCUUGACAUUAUUGUUGCUUACCCACUUACAGAAAAUUAUCUCAUGAACUUGCAAUGGCCCGGAGCCGAGGUUUACAAAAAAGCUCAACGCAGAGUCUGGAAAGUUGGUGAUGAAAUCGCUGGUUACGUUAAACAUGCAGACAAUUUAAUUGAAAUACUUGUACGUAAUGCCGGACACAUGGUUCCUGCUGACCAACCCAAGUGGGCAUUUGAUUUAAUCAGUCGACUUACUAACGUCAAAACUUUUUGAUUCAAAAAAUUUAUUUGAACAAAAAAUUCUUUAUUUUAUUUUAAUAAUUAUAAUUGUAGACAGAGACACUAGUACGGUAUUUAUUUAUCAAUAAAAAAA